GCGAGGCCGGCGGACGAGGAGAGCGAGCGAGCGAGGAAAAGGAGUAGGAGGACCCCGAGGGCGACUUUUUUAUUUGAGUCUGACACUUGGAGGAGUAGCGCGCUGCGCCGCGCGGCACCGACAGGAAGUACACGGAAAAGCGCUGCCCGGCGCCAGUCGCGCGCUUCCGCUCGAUUUUGACGCUCGGCCCUUCACCUACUCGUGCGCAGCGAAGCGGGCUCCAGUGCACCGCGAGGAUGAUCGCCGUUGGCUCCGCCAGGCUGCUCCGGCGCGGCCGCGCUAGUCGCGCAGCAGCCGAAAAGCUCGCCCGGGCCCCGCCGACCUAGGAGUGCGCCGUCAGGGAGCGAUGCGGACGUUGUCGAGCGAGCACGUGUGCAGUGACGGCGAGAGCCGCGGAGUGCAGUAGGCCGACCGAGCACCACGCAGUACUGCGGCUGAGAAGCGCGGCGGGAAAAUUCGAGAAUUCAAAAACGAACACCGUACGUGAUAUAGUGAGUGACGUUGUGAGGAGUCGUCGCGGAAGGGACGAGAGAAGUCGAGGCGAUGAAAGAAUGCCUUCGUCGGGACGACGAGGAGAGGACGUCCUGCAGGCUCGGCCCGUGCCUCCGAGGACGAUAGCCUGCAGGCUCGGCCUCGCGCUCGCUCUGCUGCUCGUUCUCCUCGAUCAUCGACGGGUGAACUGCCUGAUGAGCAACUCGGUGGACGACUGGAUGAGCAGCAGCGCGGUGAGGUGCAACGGUGUCCCGGGCCUGACGAAGGAGCAGCGCGAGCUCUGCCACAGGAACCCGGACGUGACGGUGGCCGCGAUAAAGGGCCUGCAGAUGGCGAUCUCCGAGUGUCAGCACCAGUUCAUGUGGCACAGGUGGAACUGCUCCUCCCUCACGACCAGCAGCGUCACCCAGCACAGCAGCGUCAUGCUCCAAAGAGGUUACAGGGAGACGGGCUUCGUGUACGCGAUCUCCUCGGCGGGGGUGGCGCACAGCGUCGCCCGCGCCUGCAGCAUGGGCCGACUGCUGUCUUGCGGCUGCGACCCCUCGAGCUACACGAGCCGGGCCACGAGGAGCGGAGCCAGCGGAGCCGGCGGCACCCAGUGGAAGUGGGGCGGCUGCUCCCACAAUCUCGAGUACGGCAUGGACUUCUCCAAACAGUUCCUAGACGCCCGCGAGGUCGCCGGCGACAUCCAGUCCACCGUCAAUCUGCACAAUAACCAGGCCGGCCGCAACGCCGUAGCGAGUAACAUGCAGGUGCGCUGCAAGUGCCACGGCAUGUCGGGCUCGUGCGAGCUCAAGACCUGCUGGAAGGUGGUGCCGGACUUCCGCAUCGUCGGCCGGACCCUGAAGAACCGCUUCCGGAACGCGGUCCCGGUGGCCCAGAGCAACUUCGGCAACGUGACGCCGCUGACGCGGCUGAGGGGCUUCCGCCGCGGACGCAACCGGCCCGAGCGCAACCAGCGGGGCCAGCGCAAGCACCGCAACAGCGCCGCAGCCGUCGCCAUGGGCAACGGGGCCGGACUCCAGCCCGGUGGAGGCAACGGGGCCCGGCGCGGUGGCGGCGGUGGUGGUGGCAAGGGACGCAAGACCAAGAACCUCGCGGGCCAGCUCUUCUUCUUCCAGAAGUCGCCCAACUUCUGCGAGCGCGACCCGCACGCGGACAUCGCCGGCACAUCGGGGCGCAGGUGCAACAGGCCGAGCGCCGGCGGCGACGGCUGCGCCUCGCUCUGCUGCGGACGCGGCUACAACGUCAUCAGGCAGCGGCGGACCGAGCGCUGCGCCUGCAAGUUCCACUGGUGCUGCUUCGUGGAGUGCCAGAACUGCACCGUCGAGGAGUGGAUCACUGUCUGCAAGUGAGCUCGAGGGGACAAGCGUGUAUCUGAAAUCCGAUGUCUACUCCUCAGUCAGUAGAUUAGGAAGUUUGCGCGUUGUUUUCGACCCACCGGAUUGCUCGCUCGGCGUUCGACGAAUCUUUGUAGAGAAAGCUUGUAACUGUACCUUAGUUGAUGUAGCGCUCGUAAGGUAAUCCACCAAAGGCCCGAAGUAAUUAGCGAUCGUAGGAGUACAUCCAUAUAGGUCGUAAUCUUAAUUUUUACACGCAAACGCUAUUUAAUUAUUUAAACAUUAACCCCAAUCCACACGGCUCUCGCCGGGAAGUUUCGCAACGAGUGUGGGUCGAAAACACUCGACUCGAGGCACUCCAUUCUGUGUGCACGCGUCGUCUUCCCACGCGCGAAUUCGCGUACGUCGCGUUGACAAAUAAAAAAGAUUGAUAGAAACAUAGCACACCGCCGAGAAGAGACAGGGACGCGUUCUUUUCUCCGCGUGUUAGACGGAGAGGAAAAAACGUCGGAGUGCAAUUUCAUCUUCUCUCGAGCCUGCGCAAGGUUGAAGCAGCAGCAGCGGUAGCGGCGACAAAGCGAGUUUCACUGUCGAGCGUGUGCCGUGUCGCGCAGAGACAAUACGUACACCUUACGUCACUCAGUGAAGUAAUGCAGCCAAUCGAUUAGGCCGAGGCGCGGGUUUCGUUCACGAAGUGAAUUCCACGUCGCGUCGCUGAUUUAUAUGUAUAUGGAGAUGAAUGUUAUACGAUAAUUGUAUAUUCAAGUUACUCGAUCCACUAUGUAUUUAUACCCCGAUGUGUAUCGAUGUUACAGGGAGUGGAUGAUCGAUAUGGAGGGGAGAAAAAUCGCGCAGUGGGAGAUCGAGUGCGAGAGCGAGAACGAGCGAACAAUUAGCGCAGACGAUAGAGAGCAGCAAGAAUAACGAGAAAAAAGUUAAACAAUUAGCCAGUAAUUUAUACACGUACGAAAGAGGAAGAAAAAAGGGGGGAUCCGUAGGCCGCGAGCUGUAAGUGGCCGCGGCUCGAUGUGUAAUUUAUUUGUAUAACAGUCCGACGUAUUUAUCGACUCGACUAUUUUCUGUCCAUUAUUUAUAAUUCAAGUACUAUCCGCUAACUGUAACGCCACCUCUACCGCAGUAUUACUAGAAGGGAAAAGAAAAAAUAAUCUCGUACUUUGCGCGACGCAGAAGGAGAGCCGGAGAAGAAGCAGGAGGAGAGGAAGAGGAGACUAAGAAGAAGCAAGACGACGACGAGCGCUGCGCCGCAAAUCUGUAUUAUAAUGCGUACAAUAAAGAGAGUUCCUUUAA